AUGAGUGACAAGUCCCGGGCCCCGGUAGAGACUGCUGAUGCCAGGGGCGGCGGCAGCGUCAAGCCGCUGGUGGGAUUCCUGGGCCCUCAGGCCUCGUACACGCACCAGGCUUCAUUGCAGGCUUUCCCCGAAGAUCAGUGGGACCUGAGACCCGUCGUCACCAUCACAGGCAAGUCUUCUCACGCAUACCUCCCUUUCCCCCCUUGCUUUCUUGGCCCUGCCGUCUCCCACAUCUUCGAGAUCGUGCAAGCCGGCGAGGUCGCCUUUGGCGUCGUCCCCGUCGAGAACUCGACCAACGGGUCUGUGCUGUUCACACUCGACAAUUUCGCCGACCGCAACGGCCUGUAUCCGGAUAUCUCGGUGUGCGGCGAGAUCUACCUGGACGUUCACCACUUCCUCGUCGGUCACCGCCCCUCCCGCACCAUCGACGACGCCGCCGGCCCCGGCGAUGGCUCCGGCGCCUGCACGCCGACGGCAUCGGACCCGAACCCGCUCAAGCCCCGGACUAAGCCGCUCUGCAGCCUCAAGCACGUUCGGCGCCUGUACUCUCACCCGCAAGCCUGGGGCCAGUGCGUUGCCUUCCUGCAGACCUACCUCAAGGGCAUCGAGGCCAUCGACGUCAGCUCCACGAGCCGCGCCGCCGAGCUCGUCGCCGCCGACGAGUCGGGCACCAGCGCCGCCAUCUCGAGCGAGAUCGCCGCCCGCAUGCACGGCAUCGACGUGCUGGCCCGCAGCAUCGAGGACCGUGAGGACAACACGACCCGCUUUUUCAUCAUCCGCAAGGAGGGCGGUCCCCGGACCAAGCUGCCUGGCCACUGCGAAGGCAAGCGGGGCAGGACCAAGUCCAUGGUGUCAUUCACGGUGCCGCAUGAGGGGCCCGGCGCGCUCGCCGACGUGCUUGACUGCUUCCGUCGGUACAAACUCGACCUCACAAGCAUCAACAGCCGGCCGAGCCUGACGGCGCCGUUCAACUACGUCUUCUUCGUCGAGUUCGCGGGGCACAGGUUCCAGGACCCCGACAGGAGGGUCAAGGGAGCGCUGGAGGGAGUAGCCCGGGUGGCAGAGAACUGGCGGUGGCUAGGGAGCUGGGAGGACCAACGGUCGUGA